AUGCCAUCAGCAUAUAGCAAUAUGUCCACUUUAUCUAGAUUUAGCUUAUUAAACUUUCAGGCAAGUUCGUUUGGGAUAAAGUUGAAGGAAAUUGGGGAGCGUCCUCUUUGCCUACUCCUUUGGGGUCCUUAGUCCUUUAAUAUCCUAAUUUUAUUUAUUAAUCUGAUUAAGCUUCUCAAAGUCAUAAACUAAGAUUUUUUACUUUAAAAAUUAAAAAUUAUGGGUAAUAAUAUAUAAGUAGGAGCUAUAUCAAUCUUAAUUUACAAUAUGUUUAUUUUUGGCCUGUCUUCGAAGAUAGCUAUAUUAAUAAUUAUAUAAUUUUUAUAAAUUUAUGAUAUUUUUCUUCAUCUACACUGUAAAUAAUUUAUGCCAGAAGAGAAAAAAAAGCAGUUAGGGGUAGGACUACUGUCUACAUCUGAGCUCAGUGAAAGGGGUUUUGUGCUCUUUGAGAGACUCAGCAUGAAGAAAGAUGCUCUGCACAGAGGCUGAUGUAGAGAGGGGUCCUACGAGGCUUGGGGACAUGAAUAGGCUGACGGCUCGGCUGACCUUACCUCGUUCGAUCAACCAUAGGCACAGCAUAAGCACACCAUGGGCACACUAUACCCACCAAAUAUUAAAAAUUACAGACGCAUCAUAAGCACACUGUAGGCACACUAUAGGCACAUCAUCGACAUAUAAGCACACUAUAGACACACUAUAAACACAUUAGGCAUACCAUGACCCACUAUAAACCCACUAUAAACUCGUUAUAGGCACACCAUGACUACUAUAGACACACUCUUGCCCACUAUAUACACACCAUGACCCACUAUAGACACACUCUGGCCCACUAUAGGCACACUUAUGGCACCCUAUGGAGCACUAUAGAUCAUUAUAGGCAUACUAUAUACACACGAAGAUAAAGAUUAUUUUUCAUGAAUCCAAAAGUUUAAAGAGAUUAAGUUUAACUAUAAUAAAAAUUAAAAAAAUAGAUGAAGAAGAAAAUCGAUCCGGCUAUCAGGCUUACAAAAAAAGUUAAAUUGGCUAAUGGCAAGUCUGAGCAAGCUCCAAACUCAAAGAGCAAUCACAUAUUAUCGCUAUGCAAUAAAGAAAGUAUGGCUUUCUUUCCUUUGAAAAAGGCGCCAUUCUUAAAUGAAAAUACUGAUUUAAAUGAAAAGUUGUUUGCUGAGCUAAUAUCCUGGAAAGCUGAUAUAAAUCAACCAAUAAAUAUCGAAGGUUCAAUUAUAAAGAAAGAUGACAGUGAAGAAAAGAAUGACAAAUUGCACUUGAAUAACAUUCAGAAGUUGUCGGAAGAUCAAAAUUCACAAAAUCAGAGCCAAGCAGUAGAAGUACUUCUGUCUAAUGAUUUAAAUAGGAGUAUAAGCCAAAACUUAUCUCAAGAGUUGAAUAUCGAAAAAAUGCCUAAAUACCCAAAAACAAGCAAGCCUAUGUCAGAUAAUAGAUACGCUGAAGUCUUAAAAUACUUUAACAAUACUCAUUAUAUUCCAGAACGAUUGGCUGAUCCAAAUAUUCCUAACCAAAAGAGAAAGAUCUUUGAAUGAAAAAGAUCAAUUAAUAAAAACUAUAAAUACAUUCCAACAAAUGUGUGUGAAUUAAGUCAAUCGUCCCUCUUUUAUAAUUUGAAAAAUAGCCUAAAGAGAAUCCCAUACGAAGAAGAACUGAAUAAUAUUAUAAAAAUUUUUCAUAACUACUUAAAUCAGCACUUGGCUGUUGAAGAAACUGCCAAGCUUAUUGAAGAAAAUGGAUUUUAUUGAGAAUCUAUUUGAAAUGGCACGAAAAUAGUAAUCUCAUCAUAUCCCGUUGCUCGAUUACCCAUGCCAAGGUAUUUAGUACACCACCAGAGUUAA